AUGCCGGCCCCUGCAGCGCGCCUUUCGAUGAGCUCCUUCGAGGUCAUCAAGGUUGUUGGUGAGGGCACGUACGGCGUCGUCCUCCAGUGCCGCUGUAAAAAGACAGGAGAUAUUGUUGCCGUCAAACGGUUCAAAGAAGCGAUUUUAGAUGAGUAUGGGCAUCGAGUGAUGUUACGAGAGUUGCGUGUUUUGAACCUCCUUCGAGGUGAACAGAACGUGGUGCAGCUUGUCGAUGCUUUUCGUGAAAAGAGGCAGCUGUGCUUGGUCAUGGAGUACGUGAGCGGCACACUGUUAGACAUUAUUAGGAAAAGACCAUCUGGAGUGCCGUUGCCACAUUUACGGCGCCUCCUCUACACAUUACUCUUGGGGCUACGGUCCUGCCACCGCAAUGGCAUUAUUCACCGCGACGUGAAGCCAGAAAAUACUUUAGUCCGAAAUGGGCACACUGUGGUGCUAUGCGAUUUUGGUUCCUCACGAACAAUUCAGCCACCGUUAAGUUUGACCACGACGAGUGGGGGUCUUCUGCAGGCGCCACAGUGGAAGCAACCGGCACUGACAGAGUACGUGGCUACGCGGUGGUACCGCAGUCCUGAAAUGCUGCUUGGGAUGCAAAACUACAGCUUCACGUCAGAUAUGUGGGCUGCUGGAGCCAUAAUGGCUGAGCUGGCACUUGGUGAGCCACUUCUUCCAGGGAGGUCGGAGAUGGAUCAGCUCAUGCUUAUACGCCAACGCAUUGGGGAGUUUCCACCUUCUCUGAUGGAUAAUAUCGGCUCCAAAUCUUCAAUGCACACCACAUUGGCGCGCUUAAACCACCGUUUCGGUAGAAAGGCAGACGCGACAGAAGACUUCAUCGGUAAUCGCUACGGUCAGGUGCUUGGCGAAAAUGGGCUUCAUCUCCUUCGUUCUCUGCUAACUAUCGAUUGGAGCAAGCGUUGCACCGUAGAUGAGGCCCUAUGCCAUACUUUUUUCGACGGAUUAGUAUUGGAUGAUGUUCUUCCCCAAACUAAACUAGGGGUCGGGGAAGCGGCACGUGAGUCAGCCGGUGUGGUGCGUGCCGAGGGUAAAACAAACACCUUCAAGAGAAACUGCAAGGAACGUGACAAGUGGUUUGGGGUGGGAGAAGGCAUACCUGUGCUUCUGCAGGAGAUCGAGCCUCUCCAUGGUCAGGGCAUGGUGGAGCCGCGGACGCCUGAAGUGCUCGCAGUGGAGGCGUUAGCACCCCCCAUCGCCUUGUCCACAUCAGCUAGGGAAACAGAUACAACCGCUAACUGCGCCACUUCUUCACCAUGCUCGUCAACCGAUGAUUACAGCCCAGAUGAUAGGAGGUGGAACGAUGCCACACCUGCUCGGAUUCCAUCUGUGCAGCUUCCGAGUAUUCCUUCAAAGUCAGCGUUUGGCCUUGGAGGCGCGUCGCCGGCUUCUCCUUCGUUAAACUUCCCCAGCGCAAAAGGGAUCUCAGUGGCUGUGAAGCCCCUCUCUCACUCCCCCAAACAGGUCCAGAUUCCUCUGCCGUGUUCGUGCCUCUCACAGCUUCGGUGCCCCCAUAACAUGUCGCAAAGGGCGGUUGCGCCAGAAAAGUACAUCAGCAGCAGCAGCUACGUCAAUGGCGGGAACAGUGGUUUGGUAUACGUCAACAAGGCACCAUGUUUGAGGCUGAGCGCUUUUCUGCGACCGCCCAUGAAAAAAAAGGGCCGACUCGUCUUUAGCUCCAGACUCUCCUUGGAGCGCUUGUAG